AUGGCUCCCCACGCCAUCAUUAGAGCAACCAUGUCUGAAGGACAAAUAUGCGCUAAUUUUGUUUCCAUUCGUUGUGGAACCCAUUCCGUAUCCCUUUUUCCGAUGCAGAGUAACGGUCGAAUUGGAAUGCUUUUCCUGAAGAGGAAGUUUUCCCAAGCGGUCAAGUCUGCCCUUGACUUGAACAAGUCAGUGCUCUACCAGGAUGACGACUACCUCGUGGUGGAAAAGGCGUACGGAGUAUCCACCUUCGGGCGAGCCCCACAAAAGGAGAGCAUAAUCAAAAGCCUGGAGGGGCUAAACCUAGAGGAGCAUGAAAGCGCAAAUGUUUUGUACAAGCUGCACAACCAUGUGGGGGGGUGCCUACUGAUCUGCAAAAAUAAAUUCAUAAAAAAUCACACCUAUGGAAAUACCUUCUUAGCAUUAGUUUACGGUCAUGUGGAAAAUGCACAAAAUGUUCAAAUCAAAUUGGGCCUCAAAAAUUUGCCCAAUUCAGGAAUGAUGAUCCCCUCAAACGGGCAUGACCAUUUGAAAGACUUGAGGACGAUUAAGUAUGAAGUCAUGAGUAACACCAUUUCGUAUGAGGCCCAUAAGUUUAGUCUGUUGAAAAUUCAUACCACAGCAAAAGACGCAAAGUUCAUAAAGCCUUUAAUAUUUUAUUCGCUCUGCACCUGCAUUGUCGGUGAUAAUGAAUACAUUGGGGGUUGGAAGAAGAUGAGAAAAAAUGGGUUCUUUGGUUACCGUGAUGUGGGUGGUCAGGUGGAGAAAGCUAACCGCUUGCUAGUGAAGAGGCUACCUCAUGUGGGCAAAAAUAAUGAGUUGAUGCUACACCUGCAUUGCUUAAGUGUGACCUUCCAGUCCACAUGCAAUCGAGUCGUGUCCGUCUUAUCUCCACUUCCCCAACAUAUGCGAGAGACGCUGAACUUGCUGGGUGCGCCCUCACUAACUCAGGCCAUAGAAACACAGGUGGAAGCCUCAAAUGAAUACUCCAGAAGGGUCAGUAAAAAACUUAGUUCCGUUGUGCACGCGCAGGAAGGCAACGUUCGAGGUGAUAGGUUGAAAAAAAAGGAAAAGCAUUUUCACAAAGAUGCGCAUGAGGGUGAAGAUGAGGUAGAAGGCGACGGCACAGGCGAAGCCGAUCUGUUCUACGACAUGAUGCAGGAUGAGGGAAGACUGGAACGAGAAAAUGAAAAACUCCUAAGUGAAAUAUAUAGGCAAAAUGAAAGUAAAAACGGGAAGCCCCGAUCCGGGAGAGGAGUGCUGGCCAAGGAUGUCCACAAGUUGACUCCCUCCGAUGCGCCUAUCUUUUUCGCAGAUAUGCAGUGA